AUGGUUGUGGCAUUAGGUCCGGGAAAGUUCUACGGCAGCAGCCUGCCGCGGCCGCGCUUCUACACCGACGUCAAAUUCAACGAAGAGAGGGUGGAUCCGCCGCCCUCCGUCACGGAUCCGCUCAUGGCGUGGGCGGAGGAGGCGCACUGGUCCAUGGGCGGCCUCAACGUCAAGCGCCACCGCCUCCAGGGCCGCAUCGAGGGCAAUGUCGAGAGGCUCCGCGUGCAGCGGGAGCAGAUCUUCAAGAGAUCCCCAAUUCCGAAUAAAUCCGUCAAAAAACCGUCCGCCUCUCGCCGCCAGGAGGACGAGAUCGAUAAGACUCCCUCCCCGCCGCGCGCUCCGGUGGCGAUUAAGCGGGAAAUUGGGGGAUGA